GAUGUAUUCUGUUUUUGUGUGGUUGGCUACUCAUUAAUAGGUCUUUUAGCUGGGAUAUAUUUCUGUUUACAUUAGUGUUUCUAAGCAACGGCUGAACCUGGCAACGGUCCGCGCUGCAAACAAGCUGCUCCGUGAAUUUUCUUGGGAACAUUUAUUUUAUAUAGGUCUAUCUUUUAAUAGUAACAGUGUCAGUCUGUCUCAGCUAGAAGUAACCUACAAUUCAGAUUUACUCUCUAUGCUUGAGUAUUGAUAAUAUAAACUUUAUUUCUGCGGGCUGUCCUGCCAGCAAAGAUCUUUUUCACCACAGUUAGGACUGUCAAUCUCCACCAGCAGGUCGAUAUAAGAUGGCACCAAGCUAUGGAUCACUUGUCAAGGAGGCCAUUGUGCUGCUCAAUAAGUUCAGCGCUGGCAGACAGUGUUUGGAUGACUUCAUGGACGAUGCUUCACAGGAACUGCAGAACAUGGACACUUUGCAUAAGAAGUUCGUACUUGAUGUUGUUUCUGGAUGUACUGAGCACAAAAAGUUACUGGACAUCGUUAUCAAUGUCUUCUAUGGCCAGAAUGUGAAAUAUUUAUCCAGAGGUGAUCGCAGCCAGUUUGUCAUUAUCUGUUACCUCACCACAUUUGCUCUUGAUGACCUUGGACUUCAGAGUUUUAGCAACAUUGUCAAGUCUCUGGACAUCAAGAUGAUGCACACAUUCCUGACUUUCUUCUUCACAAACCUCACCACGUGGAUACAACAGGAGUGGAAUCAAAUCUAUGAUGCUGCCUAUGUGGAGAAACAAUGGAUUGGCCCUCUGCUAAGAUGGCGCCCUGAGAUUGAAAUUCUCAUGAACCAGCUUGCUGUCAAAAUGUCUGGAGGGACUCAGAUCAAGAGAGUGUCAAUGAAAACCACUGAGCCCCAGGAGUUCUCUCUCACCAAGCCAAAACCCCAACUUCUGCCUAUGUCGGAGCUCAUUCCACAGCAGGAAAAAUCCAAACCAGUACCAAAUAGCACAUACAGGGCUCCAAAAGAGAUGCAGAUUAUAGAGGAGAUCAAAGAAAAGAACCAUCAAAAGAUAGAGGAACUGCUCUAUGAGGCAAAUACGAAACAGUUCAGAUGUGUAAAUACACAGAAGUCUGAACGCACCAAGAAAGUGAUGUCUGUCAUUAAGGAGGACUUUGAUUCAAAACUCAAGUUCAAUUCAUUUCAUUCAUCUGGAUCUCCUUCCAGUAAUAAGAGUAACAGCUGGCCCAUCAAGCUCAACAGUGCAGCCAUCCUGAGGACGGGGGCACUAUAUGACCGCUGGGUGGAGGAGGAGCUGCAAAGAAUGGAGCGUCUGGUAGAGGGGGCACGUGAGCCCUCAUCCUUCCUACAGUGGCAGAAGGAGAUGCGUGAGAAGGACCUUCAUGAAGAGCUGGCCAUGAUUGAGCGCAGGCGUCUGGAUGGACGCAUCAGUUAUGAGGAGGCAGCUAUGGCCCGCACACGCAUAAUGGAACGCAACCAGAAGACUGCUCAGCAGAAGAAAGAAGAGACAGCUCAGCUGAUGCGGAGAUAUGCUGAGAAAAGGUUGCAGGAGGAAAAAGAAAUGAGAGACUUGGUGCAACAAGUGGCAGAGGGCCACAAGAACUCAAAGGCAGCUAAAGAGAAGUUACAGAAAUUCAAGCAAAGUAUAGUGAAAGAAGUCUCAGAACAAGGCAGAGAGCUCCUUCGUCAAGCACUAGAGGAUGCACAGGCAGAGCUCAGCAGGAAAUUCGAAAUCAUCCAUGAAAUCCGCACUAUUGAAUCGCUUCCUCACAUUAGAGUCAGGAAUUUUGACAACACGGAGACUGCAGGCCACAAGCUGCUGGGAGAGAUGUCCCUGGUCGAGCUGAAAGAGCGACUAGCCCUCCUGAAGGAAGCACAACAAACAGGGCAGCAGGAGAAACGGCAGCACAUCAUGGAGGAGAUGCAGAGCAAGAAGCAACUGCUGUUGGAGCAGCUGGACACCAUCAACAUCCACAGGAGAGCGCUGGCCCAGGCUGCAGCCAUCAGGAAAGAGGAGAGGAAAGCCAGGCUGCGUUUUCAGCAGGCGGUGACUCAGGAUGAGAGAGUUUUGGCUCUACAGAAGAAGCUUGAAGACAAAAAACAUGAGCGCCAAAGAAUUAAGCAAACUGAAAGCAAGAAAGCCAAAACCUCUGAACCGGCGGCAGCACACACUCUCAGACACACAGAGAAGCACGACAGAAAAAGCUUGAAGGAGAAAAGCUGGGAGGAACUGGAGCUGAGCUUAGAGCAUCAGAUCCAGAAGGACGCUCCUUAUGUUGUUUCUCUGACGGAAACACUCAAGACAUAAAUAUCUGCAACAUGC